GAGCUGCUUCUGUCAGUAGUGACUGUUUAACUGUUCUAGAUUCCAGCCUUGCCAUCGAGAUAUCUGAUACUAACCUGAUUCUUCUUCCUCUGUCAGUCCUCUCUGUUCUGUUGGUUUGAAUGACUCUAUAAUCUUCUGCUGACUCUGACAAGACUGCAGAAUAACCUGUAGAUAAAGCAAAACCAGGUUGACUAUGUACUGCAUUAAGAAGUCAACAAAAGGUUCUGUUGUCCUUGACCACGUAUUCCGUCACAUAAACCUCGUGGAGAUAGAUUAUUUCGGGCUGCGUUACUGUGACAGAAGCCAUCAGACAUAUUGGCUGGAUCCUGCAAAAACCCUUGCUGAACACAAAGAACUGAUCAACACUGGACCUCCAUAUACUUUAUAUUUUGGGAUUAAAUUCUAUGCUGAAGAUCCAUGUAAGCUUAAAGAAGAAAUAACCAGGUAUCAGUUUUUCUUGCAGGUGAAGCAAGACGUCCUUCAGGGCCGGCUGCCUUGCCCUGUCAACAUUGCUGCUCAGCUGGGAGCUUAUGCCAUCCAAUCUGAGCUUGGAGAUUACGACCCAUAUACGCAUACUGCAGGCUAUGUGUCAGAGUACCGGUUUGUUCCUGAUCAGAAGGAGGAACUCGAAGAAGCCAUAGAAAGGAUUCAUAAAACUUUAAUGGGUCAGGCUCCUUCUGAAGCAGAGCUGAAUUACUUGAGGACUGCCAAAUCCCUGGAGAUGUAUGGCGUUGACCUCCAUCCUGUCUAUGGAGAAAACAAAUCUGAGUAUUUCUUAGGAUUAACUCCAGUUGGUGUUGUUGUCUACAAGAAUAAAAAGCAAGUAGGGAAGUAUUUCUGGCCACGGAUUACAAAGGUUCACUUCAAGGAGACACAGUUUGAACUCAGAGUGCUGGGAAAAGAUUGCAAUGAAACCUCAUUCUUUUUUGAAGCUCGAAGUAAGACAGCUUGCAAGCAUCUUUGGAAGUGUAGUGUAGAACAUCAUACAUUUUUUAGAAUGCCAGAAAAUGAAUCAAAUUCAUUGUCAAGAAAACUCAGCAAGUUUGGAUCCAUGAGUUAUAAGCACCGGUAUAGUGGCAGGACAGCUCUGCAAAUGAGUCGAGAUCUUUCUAUUCAGCUUCCUCGGCCAGAUCAGAAUGUGGCAAGAAGUCGAAGCAAGACGUACCCGAAGAGAAUAGCACAAACACAGCCAACUGGCUCAAACAGCAUAAAUCGGGUAACAGCAAACAUGGACAAUGGAGAAAAUGAAGGAACGACUAAAAUUAUUGCACCUUCACCAAUAAAAAGCUUUAAGAAAGCAAAGAAUGAAAACAGCCCUGAUACCCAAAGAAGCAAAUCUCAUGCACCAUGGGAAGACAACGGCCCCCAGAGUGGACUCUACCACUCUCCCAAUGACCGCAUGAAAUCCCCGAAGUUCCCCUACACGCGCCGCCGAAACCCCUCCUGUGGGAGCGAUGACUCUGUCCAGCCAACGAGGAGGAGGAAAGCCCAUAACAGUGGUGAAGACUCAGAUCUAAAACAAAGGAGGAGGUCACGCUCACGCUGUAACACGAGCAGUGGUAGUGAAUCGGAAAAUUCUAAUAGAGAACACCGGAAAAAGAGAAACAGAAUACGGCAGGAGAAUGAUAUGGUUGAUUCAGCGCCUCAGUGGGAAGCUGUAUUAAGGAGACAAAAGGAAAAAAAUCAGGCGGACCCCAACAACAGACGAUCCAGACAUAGAUCUCGCUCGAGGAGCCCUGAUAUCCAGGCAAAAGAAGAGUUAUGGAAGCAUAUUCAAAAGGAACUUGUGGAUCCCUCUGGAUUGUCUGAAGAACAAUUAAAAGAGAUUCCAUAUACUAAAGUAGAGACUCAAGGUGACCCAAUCCGCAUCAGGCAUUCCCAUUCGCCUCGAAGUUACCGCCAGUAUCGCCGGUCCCAGUGUUCAGAUGGAGAGCGAUCUGUUCUCUCGGAGGUGAAUUCAAAAACGGAUCUUGUACCUCCACUUCCUGUGACCCGUUCUUCAGAUGCUCAGGGUUCUGGUGGCUCCACGGUUCAUCAGAGAAGAAAUGGAUCUAAAGAUAGCCUGAUUGAAGAAAAAUCUGAGGCAUCUACAAGCAAUUUGGCUGGAAAACACAUGGCAAAAACAGUAAAAACUGUCCAAGCUUCACGCCUUAAGAUAGAGACUUGAUGCCAAGGAAGAAGGGCCUGGGAAUGGGGGUGGGAAGGGGUAUGUGCCACCUUUACUUUGAAACUGUGAAUUGUUAAUUAUUCAAGUAUGUUGGACCUGCAAGUGUUUAAGAAAAAAAAAAAUUGAACCUGUUGCAUCUUUUAAAGGUUUAACAGCGUAUUUGUGCUGAAGGGCCUUUUUAUUUGGUAACUGGAAUAGUCUUGUGAAAACUCAUUCACUUGAUGCCCUAUUUUUCUUCCCGGAGACUCCAGGUAUCUUGUGUCCAUGACCAAGACCAGAUGCUUCCAAUCAAAGCUUGGGAAUCCUAGUGUGCAGCUGCCUAGCUAUGCAAUAGCACACCAAGUGGAGGAAAAGAUUCUUCCCAACUCUAGGUGGAUCUCAGCCCGUGCACAGAUUUAUGAAGACUGAGACAUCACUUUCAGACUGCAGAUGUUUUUAUUAAUAUAAAUAUGUUCUUUGUAAUACUGUAUUUUAUGGCAUUAAGUUCCGCUGGUUAUUUACAAGUGUAAAAAGGUUUUUGUUAAGUGUUGCUUUUAACUUCUAGUGUCCUUGUGUUUUCAGAAAAGACUGUGGAUUUCAGUUGACCUCAAUUAUAAAUUCAUAACCCUCAAAUGCAAAUGGUCCUUCCAUCUUGCCUAGCUACCUAACUGCCCUCAAAGAUGAAUUCAUUUGAGGGUGACUAUUACAGGGAAAACAAAUAUUCAUGCAGGACAUCUCACAUUCUCCCUCCCCCAAACUUCUCCAGUUACUAUCAACAGUACUCCUGUCCCUGUCUAUGUGGUUUGGAGCCCAAUCUCCUUCAGCCUUAUCUGUCAACUUACUCCUGUCAGCCAGAUCCUUGCAACUUGGUUUUAAACUGUUAACUCAACCACCUAAAAAAAAGCCAGCCAACUUUCACUACCGCAGUUCCCUCCCUAGCGAUCUUUCUCUCUCCCAGUUUCUUUAAAGGGUGAUCUGUAGCCUGUGUCCUCAAUCCAUCUCCUAAAUCGUGAUUUAAACUGCUCCACUACAGACCUCACUACUACUGUGUACCAAAUUUUGAUGGUUUGCCCCACAACAUUUUUAGUGCAGUAUUUGUUGCUAUGUUUCUGGCCAUCCUUUACUGCUCCAGUCAGAUGCUGUUCUACCUCGCCAGUUAGUUCUCACUCCUAUCUCAGCCCUCCCCUGUAAGUGGAUGUCAUUUAUGCCCACAGCCUUAAAGCUUAUUCCUGUAGCUUAAGUCUAUAGACCAGUGUUCUGCCAGAAGGCCACUUAGAGGUCUCCAAGGCAAUCCCAAUUCAACUAGUUAAAAAUGCUGCUCUCUAGCUGGAUUUAGGACCAUUACAUUGUGAAUGUGCAAGACACAACUAGCAAUCGUUAUAGACACCUCCCCUAUUACCAACUCCUGUGAGCUUUGCCCUCUACAGCUUAAUCUCCACAAAUUUUUACCACACUGGUCCAAGGUAGUUGUCUCUUGCCUAGACAACUGCAUCCUUUUUCUGACAUAUUAAGUAUCCUGGAUUUCUCCUUGCUGUAAACAGCCGUAAAUGGUCUGGUCUCUUACCUGUUGUUCAGGCUCAUUUUGUAGUACCCCAGGCUCAGCAAACAGCCACCUUUUAAGCCUCAUUAAGCACUUGCCUGAAUCAGGGCAUUUAAGAGGGAAAGUAACUACAACUAUGACCAGUUUGUACCUUUUCUAGCCCAAGACCUCUGCACACACCAUCCCCAACUUUGCCUUGCAAAAAUGACACCUACCCUUAGACUCGACUGCUUUCUCAGGUUUGUCUUGGUCAACUCAUGCAUGAGACUUGUCUCACAAAGUUUUAUAUCUGUGAUGACAUUUCUGCCAUUCAACUCUAAGCUUCCAAAGGAGGAACUGUUUUGCUCACUCUUGUGUCCCCACUUCUUAGUACAUUACUGAAAAGUUCAAUAAAUUUUUUGAUGUUCA